GCCAUCCUCAACUUGUUCCUUUUCGUGAAUGCAAUCACACAAACACCAGACACAAUUCAGCGCAGCUCUGUUCCAGUCUUGCCAUUGGAUUCCCCCAUGUCGUCCAAGAUGGCUGCCUGCAUCUUCUGCAAGAUCAUCAAGGGAGAGAUACCCUGCUUCAAGCUCUUUGAGAGCGACAAGACGCUCGCCUUCCUCGACAUUAACCCGUUGAGCCGGGGCCAUGCUCUCGUCAUUCCAAAGUUCCACGGUGCCAAGCUUGAGGACAUUCCUGACGAGCAUCUCGGCGAGAUCUUGCCCGUCGUUAAGAAGCUCAUCUCCGCCACGGGCGCUGUAGACUACAACAUUCUCCAGAACAAUGGCCGCAUCGCCCACCAACAGGUCGACCAUGUGCACUUCCACAUGAUCCCCAAGCCCGAUACGGAGCAGGGUCUCGGUGUUGGCUGGCCGCAACAGAAGACUGAGAUGGAUGCGCUCAAGGCGCUGUCCGAGGAGAUCAAGGCCAAAAUGUAA